CUUUAUUUCUCCGUAAUAAAACGUCCCUUCAUGCCUACCAAUAUCAUGAGCUACGCUCUUAGCAAAGCCGGUGAGAGCAUCUCGGCCCAGCAGCGCUUCCUCUACGCACUGCUAGGGCUGUGCAUAUACCUGGCUCUGGUAUCAUUGCUACGUUUCCGAAGAUGCCGCAAACUGCAUAGGGCAUAUCCCUAUCGCACACGCGAAGAAAUGAGCAAAAUGACCGAUCAAGAUGCAUGGGCGAUUCAGAAGCAGAUCAUGCAGGGAGAGUUUCCCUUCAUGAUGCUCAAGGCGUUACAAUUUGCUUUGUUCCGUACAUACGGCAUCCCAACGAUAUCAAACCUUCUCCUCAAGACGUCACAAUUUUCCGACUCUGCCACUUCAUUCAAACGAUACGCCGAUACGGGCACGUUGAUUGGCGAGUUUAUCGCUUUCGAGCCACAUUCAGACCGGGCCCAAACUGCCAUUGCUCGAACCAAGUAUCUGCACAAGGGCUACCGGGCUAGCGGUAUGAUCCUAGAAUCUGAUAUGCUAUACACCCUCAGCCUAUUUGCAACAGAGCCGAUUCGGUUCGUGAAGCUAUAUGAAUGGAGGGAGAUGACCGAUAUGGAACGGUGCGCUGUUGGAACAUAUUGGAAGAGUCUUGGUGAUGCUCUGGGGAUCAAUUAUGACACUCUGCCUUCCGGGAGGACAGGGUUCCGAGAUGGCAUUAACUGGUUGGAAGAGAUUAGUGCUUGGGAACAGCAGUAUGAGGUGGAACAUAUGAAGCCACACGUUCGGAAUAAAGAAAUUGCCGACAAAACCAUUGACGUGCUGUUAUAUUACAUACCGAGUUUCAUGAAGCCGUUGGGAGUGAAUCUUAUUUCGUACUUGAUGGACGAUCGACUACGGAUUGCCAUGAUGUAUCCCGUCCCGCCAGCCCUCAGCGCUGUCUUCGCAACGGUCUUCCAAUUGCGCCAAUUCUACCUGCGCUACCUGGCUCUCCCGCGUCCAGACUGGAAUCGUCUAAACGCCUUCACUGACGCACCAAACAAACACGGCCGGCACUUCUUGCUGCAACUCCAAGGAGCACCGUACUAUGUGCGUCCCACGAUCUGGAAUCGAUGGGCCCCCAUGGCAUGGGUCAAGUGGUCGCUUGGGCAGCCGUUACCUGGAGAUGAAGGGAAAAAGUAUUUCCCACAGGGAUAUUAUACGCCUGAUUUGGGGCCCAAGUAUUUUGAAGGGAAGGGAAGGAAGGAGAUGGAGGCGAUUAAGUUGAGUCUACAAGAGAGUCGGCAGGGACAGUGUCCAUUUCCGUGAUCCUACAUGGAUGAUUCUCUGGCACAGAUGAUGGGAUGUAAUGCUGGCUGUG